UCCGUAGCGUUCUUCGUCGAUUGCCCGAAUUGAGUUUGUCAGCGCCUGUCCAAGGCGGGGAGAGACGCUGCUUCCGGUUCCGGGUUGUCUAACCGGUGAGCAUGGCGGUGCAGGCGGCUCAGUGUGUGGAGCGGCUCCAGCGGCAGGAAAAGGAAAUCAAGUUUUUGACCGCAGAAAUUGAUCGUCUGAGAAACUUUGAGUGUUUGGGUGUUCCCCCAAGCUUAGAGGGACUGAGGGAAGAGAAUGCAAAACUGAAAUAUCGGUUAAAUGUUCUACGAAAGAGCCUGCAAGAGGAAAGAAAUAGAGGAAAGCAAUCAAAAAGUAUGAUUAACGUCAACAGCUGCCUUCAAGACAUCUUUGGAGCAGCUAUUAAAGCUGCAUAUCCAGAACUAGAAAACCCUCCACUGGCAGUGACACCAAGUCAGCAGCCCAGAUUUGGUGAUUACCAGUGUAACAGUGCUAUGAGCAUAUCACAGGUACUGCUCAAGACAAAGGAGCAAAAAGUAGGCCCCAGAGAAAUUGCUGAUAAGAUUGCCAGAAACAUUCCUGACAAUGAAUUUGUUGAGAAGAUUGAAAUCGCUGGUCCUGGUUUCAUCAAUGUACACUUGAAAAAGGAUUUUGUAUCCAAACAAUUGAGCAGUAUGCUAGUGAAUGGAGUUCAGCCCCCUCCUACUGGUGAAAGGAAAAAGGUGGUGGUUGACUUCUCCUCCCCUAAUAUUGCAAAAGAGAUGCAUGUUGGUCACCUGCGGUCAACUAUAAUUGGAGACAGCAUGUGCCGCCUCUUUGAAUUUGUGGGGUACGAUGUUCUAAGAUUGAAUCAUUUAGGAGAUUGGGGCACCCAGUUUGGAAUGCUUAUUGCUCACUUGCAAGAUAAAUUCCCAGAUUACCUGACUGUUUCUCCGCCCAUUGGAGAUCUUCAAUCUUUUUAUAAGGAGUCUAAAAGAAGAUUUGACACUGAGGAGGAAUUUAAGAAGCGUGCAUACCAAUGUGUGGUCUUAUUACAGAGCAAAAAUCCAGACUUCAUUAAAGCUUGGGAACUGAUCUGUGAUGUGUCCCGGAAAGAGUUCCAAAAAAUCUAUGACUGUUUGGAUAUCUCCUUAAUAGAACGGGGAGAAUCUUACUACCAAGAUAGGAUGAUCAGUAUUGUGAAGGAGUUUGAAGAACAAGGAUUUGUGCAAGUGGAUGAUGGCCGGAAGAUUGUGUUUGUCCCAGGGUGUUCUAUUCCCUUGACAGUUAUGAAAUCUGAUGGAGGUUUCACAUAUGACACCUCAGACCUAGCAGCUCUGAAGCAGAGGCUGUUUGAAGAAAAAGCUGAUAUCAUUAUUUAUGUCGUUGACAAUGGACAGUCUGUGCACUUACAAACAAUAUAUGCAGCAGGCCAGAUGAUUGGCUGGUAUGAUCCCAAGGUGACCAGAAUAACUCAUGCUGGUUUUGGAGUGGUGUUGGGAGAAGACAAGAAAAAGUUUAAAACCCGUUCUGGGGAUACCGUUCGGCUAAUUGACCUUCUUGAAGAGGGACUGAAGCGCUCAAUGGACAAACUGAAGGAAAAAGAACGAGACAAGGUUCUCACGCCUGAAGAACUGAAGGCAGCUCAGACCGCUGUUGCCUUUGGAUGCAUUAAAUAUGCUGAUCUCUCCCAUAACAGAACGAACGAUUACAUUUUUUCUUUCGAUAAGAUGUUGGAUGACAGAGGAAAUACAGCUGCAUAUUUACUUUAUGCCUUCACUCGAAUCAGAUCUAUAGCACGGUUGGCCAAUAUUGAUGAAGAGACAUUGCAGAAGGCAGCUAGAACAACAGAGAUCAUAUUGGACCAUGAAAAGGAGUGGAAACUAGGCAAAUGCAUUUUGAGAUUCCCUGAGAUUUUGCAGAAGAUUUUGGAUGACCUUUUCCUACACACCCUUUGCGACUACCUUUAUGAACUGGCCACCACAUUUACUGAAUUCUAUGACAAUUGCUACUGUGUGGAAAAAGACAGACAAACUGGUAAAGUAGUGAACGUAAACAUGUGGCGAAUGCUCUUAUGUGAGGCAACAGCUGCUGUUAUGGCCAAAGGUUUCGAUAUUUUGGGAAUCAAACCAGUCCAGAAGAUGUAACUACCCUGGCCUACAACAAUUUACUUUCUUGCCAAGAUCUGGUUACUCAACUAUCAUGCUUCUAUUUGAAAAAUAAAGUUGCCGAAUCUUGAA